AUGCCCAAUAAUCCUUCCCCUACUACUUCUCAGCAACAUGUUCUUUCCCUUCUCCAGCAACAACAACAGCAACAACAGCAAUUUUUACAAAUUAUCAAUUUGGCGGCAAACAACAAUCCAAGUCCCAACCAGCUACAAAUGAAUCCACAACAACAUGUUUCCCUCCAAAAUCUCAAUCAAUCCCCAACCACUCCAAACAGCAGUAGUACUAGUGGCAGUCAAACACCUCUGAGUACUGGUAAUGGGAGUCCUGCUAAUGGCUUGUCUCCUUCCCUAAUUUUCAAUACUUCUUCUUCGAUAAGUAAUAAUAAUAAUACAAAUGGUGCUGGUGGUGGAUCUGGAAGUGGAAAUAGCAUGCAAACAACACCUUGGUUUUUGAAUCAAAACAAUAAUAUUAAUAAUAAUAAUAGUGGAAAUAAUAAUGGAAAUAAUAAUAAUCAGCAAAGAUCAAAUUCAUUGGGAAGUUCGAGUCAUGUGAAUGAAUCAUCAUCUUUUGGAAAUAAGAAAUUAAUAAUGAAUAAUAAUAAUAAUUUAUUAUUGAAUCAUGGUGGUCAAUUGAUACAUCAAGGAAAUUCAUCACCUUCUACUCCUCUCAAUAACAAGUCAAUUCUGCAAUCAAUGAUUACUCCACCAAGCACUUCAUCCUCACCAUCUACCAAUAAUAACACGACUCCACCAUCAGCUAAUUUCAUUCCUCCUGGUUAUGUUCCUCUGAAUGCUGUUUCGAAUCAACAAAUUGUUGGUGCUCAACCACAACAACAACAACGAAACAUUUCAAUGCAAAAUCAGCAAGUGGGAAAUCCAUUAGUUGAAAAAUUGAGACAAUUGUUACAAUUAAUGAGGAUUAGAGGAAGAUCCAAAUCAUCCAAUGUUCAAAACAGUUUCACACCAAAUGAUAACUAA